ACAACUGUCUCUUUCAUCUAACCGCUUUGAAAUCUUCCUAGUGGACAAAGCCAUAUUGACCGUUAGAUGAAUAUGACCCAGAAGAAGUUCUCAUCAUCAUCUUCUUCAUCUUCUACUGUAAAAAACACAAUCUUCAGAAAACCCUAGCUCCACCUUCCUACUCCAUUUCCGGCAGACACGCAACUACUCUCCCAAAAUUCAACUUCUGAUCGUGUUUCUCAUCAUCUCCACUUCUAAAAAAACCAAUCAAUUUUCACUUCAAGUAAGUUACCUCGUUCACACCGCCACAGAUAUAGACAUUGUAAAAAGAAAAUUUCAAUAGAAAACGGAACAAGUGAAGAAAAUGGUGGAGAGAAGAAAGCCUCUGGUUCUGUGUUCCACUAAAAAUGUCAUCAAUUCCUUAUUGAAGUCUUCCACUUCUUCAAUCGAUGAUUUUCCCAACUUGCAUUUACCAGUUGGAAUUCUCCGAUUAUCCAACAAAUUGCCUUCUCUUGACCACUCUGCACUCAUUGCUCUCUCCACUUCUCUUCUCAAAAGACUUUCCAUCGCUUCUGGUUCACCGGUUUUGAUAAAAAAUGCUGAAAUGAACACGCAGCGAGUUGCAGUGGCUAUUGCUCUUGACCCUCCUAGCAAUGACACCCUUGACAUUGAUCACUCAUCAUCCUCUUCUAGAAUAAUGCUUGUUUUUCCUUCUUGUGAUUUCCCUCUCAAUGGCCCUUUGUUAAAUGGUGAAAUUGCUUAUUUGUCUCCUCUUUUGGCCUUUAAUCUUAACUUGCACAUUUCAUGUUUGAAAUCCAUUAUUCACCACGGCCAAGAUGCUUUGUCGUUCUAUUUCAAACCUCAAUGUCAAGUGGGUGAUGAUGAGGAUGCUAAAAGCAUUGAAGAUUUGGUCAUUAAUAUAGAGUUGGUGCCACUCGCUCAACCUCCCAGAUUUGCCUCCCUUCUGAGGGUUGCUUUUGUGAAGAUACCAGAAUGUGGCAUCCUUGAUUCCAUUAAACCAAUUUCAGAUGUUGAAACCAAAGAACGGCAAGACCUGAUUGACUUGGCAUUGCAGAAGUACUUUGAAGUCGAUAGAUAUUUGUCAAGCGGAGAUGUUUUCGGAAUUAGCAUUAGUUGGAACUGUAAUUCCACUAUAUGCAUUCCUUGUAACCAAAAAACACAAAAGCAAAAUGACAACCGUAUCUGUUUUAAGGUACGUCUACCUCUUUUUUCUUAUAUUUUUGAAACUGUGUUGGGUUCUUUGUUAGAGUGUAACGUAUAUCUUCAGGUCAUUGCUAUGGAACCAUCAGAUGAACCAGUUCUCCGUGUCAAUAAAACCUUAACUGCGUUGGUGUUGGUAGGGAAUUCCCAAUCCGCCCUUCCUCCAGAUUUGUUAAUUGCUGGACCAGAAGGGCCCGUGCCUUUGCAAAGGGACACAGUGAAGAUCUUGGCUUCAAUACUUGCACCAACUUUAUGCCCUUCAGCACUUUCUUCCAAGUUUAGAGUUUCGGUGUUAUUAUAUGGCUUGGCAGGUUGUGGGAAAAGGACCGUUGUUAGAUAUGUUGCCCGCCGACUGGGCCUGCAUGUGGUGGAAUAUAACUGUCACGAUCUAAUGGGCUCCGAUAGAGCAUCCGUUGCUCUAGCUCAAGCUUUCAAGACUGCUCAAAGAUACUCGCCAACAAUACUUCUUCUUCGUCAUUUUGAGGUAUUUCGAGAUUCGCAUUCCCCUGAGAUUUCACCAAAUGAUCAAAGAGGCAAUACAUCUGAAGUUGCAUCCGUUAUUAGGAAAUUCACUGAGUCAGUUGGUGAACAUGAUGAUAGUAACUCUCUGAUGAAAUCAAACGGCGAAUUUGUGGAGAAGAAUGUUGAAAAGACAAGUGGGCAUCAGGUCCUGUUGAUUGCUGCAGCUGAUAGUUCAGAGGGUCUACCUUCAACCAUCAGACGCUGCUUUAGCCAUGAAACGAAAAUGGGGCCUUUGACAGAAGAGCAAAGGGCUGAGAUGCUAUUGCAUUCACUGGAAAAUAUUUAUGGACUCCACUCUAAUACUGAUUUAGAGGGUUUUGUAAAAGAAAUAGUUGGACAGACAUCUGGUUUCAUGCCCAGGGAUAUGUGUGCUUUAAUUGCAGAUGCUGGUGCCAACUUAUUUCCCAGCAGCAAUGCUGAAGUAGACAAAGUUGAACCCGAAGGUGCAGAUAGUUCUCUUAGUUCAAAGGUGACAGAGGACUACAACGAGUCAGAAGUUUCAGCUCGAAAACCUGGGAAAGAAGACUUGGUGAAUGCUUUGGAACGAUCAAAGAAAAGAAAUGCGUCAGCAUUGGGCACUCCAAAGGUUCCAAACGUAAAAUGGGACGAUGUUGGUGGGCUUGAAGAUGUCAAAAAAUCAAUCCUGGAUACUGUUCAGUUGCCUCUCUUGCAUAAAGAUCUAUUUGCAUCUGGGCUACGCAAGCGGUCGGGUGUUCUUUUGUAUGGUCCCCCUGGAACUGGCAAAACAUUAUUAGCAAAAGCUGUUGCUACGGAGUGUUCGUUAAACUUUCUUAGUGUGAAGGGUCCUGAACUGAUCAACAUGUACAUAGGCGAGUCUGAGAAGAAUGUUCGAGACAUUUUUCAGAAGGCCCGAUCAGCCCGUCCAUGUGUCAUCUUCUUUGAUGAGCUGGACUCUCUUGCACCUGCUCGGGGAGCUUCCGGAGAUUCUGGGGGUGUUAUGGACAGAGUGGUUUCGCAGAUGCUUGCAGAAAUUGACGGCUUAAGUGAUUCAACACAGGAUCUAUUUAUUAUAGGUGCAAGUAAUAGACCAGAUUUGAUAGACCCAGCACUUCUUCGCCCUGGUCGUUUUGAUAAAUUGCUAUAUGUUGGCGUUAACUCUGAUGCAUCUUACAGAGAGCGGGUACUGAAAGCUCUUACGAGAAAGUUCAAAUUGCAUGAAGAUGUUUCACUUUACUCCAUCGCAAAAAAAUGCCCACCAAACUUCACCGGCGCAGAUAUGUAUGCCUUGUGUGCAGAUGCUUGGUUCCGUGCUGCAAAACGCAGGGUUUUGAAUGCAGAUCCAGAGUCCUCCAACCCAGAUAAUGAAGCCAAUUCUAUUGUUGUUGAAUACGAUGAUUUUGUCCAGGUCUUAGAAGAGCUUCAGCCUUCCCUCUCGACGGCAGAGCUUAAGAAGUACGAGCUUCUUAGAGAUCAGUUUGAAGGCACCUCUAAAUGAGUUUUGGACUGAUAAACAAUCAAUCAUCAACCAUUAAUUUUGCCAGUAUAGUAGGGAGCCCGAAUUCUUACAGUUACAGACACACAGUCAAACAAUUUUGGUCAUAUGAUUAAAGAUUGGACGACUUACAUUUCAGCUUCACCAAAUCUGAAUAUAAGUGUGCAAUCUAUCAGAUCGGACAAUCGAGCUCUUUAAAUAUGGGACUGCAUGGAAUGUGUUUCCGAUUUUCUGUAUAUAGUAGGCAUCCAACCAUGUAAUAGGGCACACAACCAAAAUAGAUGAGUGAACAGCUUCCCGUAUCCUAAUCAUCAUCACUAUCUUUUGGAAAAUAAAUAUACAAUACACCCACCAUGUUUAUUUCAAUUGCACAAUAUGAAUGUAAAAGUGAGUAAUUUGUAUAGAAAAAUAUACAAAAAUGUUUGUCUUGGAUAAUUUUUAUUCAGUAUUAUAAAAGAUAAAUAUAUAGAAUUGGUACUAGCA